AUGCUCUCCCACGCCGACCUCCUGGAUGCUCGGCUCGGUGAGUUCUCGGCUCUAAACCCGGGAGCUAAACUCCACUGGAUGAAAGAUGCUGCAGAGUUACUCGGACACCGAGAGGCUCUCAAGUGUCGGCUGGGCGGUGGGGUGCCGGACCAGGGCCAUCCGGGAGACAUGGCCCCCGGUUCGGACUCCGUGGAGGGAGCCACACUCCUGCCCGGCGAAGACAUCACCACCGUGGGAUCCAAUGCGGCCGGUAUGCCGGUGAACGGGAAGGAGCCCGAGAAGCAGCAGCAGCAACAACAACAACAGCAGCAGCAACAACAACCCCAGCAGAGCUCAGGCGGCCAGGCCAGUCAACAGAAACAGAAACGGCACCGAACCCGCUUCACGCCAGCACAGCUCAACGAACUGGAGCGGAGCUUCGCCAAGACUCACUACCCGGACAUCUUCAUGAGGGAGGAAUUGGCUCUCAGGAUCGGCCUCACCGAAUCCAGAGUUCAGGUGUGGUUCCAGAACCGGCGCGCCAAGUGGAAGAAGCGGAAGAAGACGACCAAUGUGUUCCGCGCCCCUGGCACGCUGCUGCCCACCCCGGGCCUGCCGCAGUUCUCGGCCGCCGCCAUGGAGAACAGCCUGUGCUCGUUCCACGCCAACGACUCCCGCUGGGCCACGGGCAUGCCGGGCGUGUCCCAGCUGCAGCUGCCACCGGCGCUCGGCCGCCAGCCGCCGGGGAUGGCGCAGUCGCUGUCGCAGUGCAGCCUGGGUCACGGCCCGCCGCCCAACUCCAUGGGGCUCUCCAACGGCCUGUCGUCCAACGGCUCCGGCCUGCAGUCGCACCUCUACCAGUCGCCUUUCCCCGGCAUGUCGGCGUCGCUCUCCGGCCCGACGAACGUGUCGGGCUCCCCGCAGCUGUGUAGCUCCCCGGACAGUGACAUGUGGAGAGGGACCAGCAUCGCGUCCCUGAGGCGCAAGGCGCUCGAGCACACAGUCUCCAUGAGCUUCACUUAG